AUGGAGAAAAAAAUUAGCCCUGCCAAGGUAGUAGUAUUAGGAGAAGCGAGAGUGGGGAAAACCUCAUUAACAUACAGAUUUUCAAGUGGAACGUUUAAUGAGCAUCAGCCAUCGACUGUGGAUGCAACCUGCAUAGAAAAAUCAAUUAAUGUAAAUGGCAAUAUCGUAAAACUCGUCAUUUGGGAUACUGCUGGACAGGAAAGAUAUAAUGCCCUUAACUAAGUAUAUUAUCGUGGUGCUGAAGGAGCUGUGGUCGUGUAUGAUGCUACUGAUUUAGAUUCCUUCAAGAAGAUGAAUUAAUGGGUGACAGAGUUAAAGAAUUAUCUUCCAGCUGAGAUCCCAAUUAUGAUCGCAGGAAAUAAAUCUGACCUGUAUAACAACAUAGCUAUUUAAUAAGAAGAGGCUAAAAAGUAUGCCAAGAGUUAGAACAGUCAGUUUGUUGCAACAAGCGCUAAAACUGGUACAGGAGUAUAGGAAUUAUUCACAACAUUGGCCUCAAGGAUAAUAUAAAAUCAGCUUAGCGGACACUCUAAUGUAGAAGUGCCAAAUAAAAUUGGGGGCAGAGGAGCAUUGAAAGUUGAUGGUCUUGAUCCGUUUAACCCAAAUUCCAAUCUGAAAUUAGAAGACAAGCGAAGAAAAUCCAGUGGAAAAGAAAAAAAGAAAUGUUGUUGA